UCAAUCUUGCUAACCUACUGUAUGCUACCAUGGCUCCUAGUAGCUUUCCUGAUGUUUAUUCUUGGAUACAGAACCUGCCACCACUUUCUCAGUGGAAAUCAACCUCCAUCUCAACGCCCAUAUGCUCUUCAAGCUCAACAAACUCCUCUCUCAAUGUUGUUGCAGCCAAAAGCCUUCAUUCCCCAACCAUUACUUUAUCAGUUAUUGCAGAUUUCAGCCUUCCUAUCUCUCUCUGGAUUUCAGAACCUUUGAAGACCAGCACCAAAUCCUCAAAUUUAUUAGAUGACCAAGAAAACCUAUUCAGUCUCUUGCUUAAUUGUGUUCGUGACGUUCUUCAUUAUGGCUCAAACCAACAAAAUUAUUUUAACUUGAGUUUCCCCAAACUCAACAUUACUUUCAACUUAAAAGAAAUUUUCAAUCUCGCAUUUCUUACCCUCAUAUUCCUCAUUUGCAUCUAUGAAGCUCCAACCAGUCUACGUUUGGAUGGUCUUACAACUGUCAAAUACCAUUUAGCAAAUUGCUGGUCAAGACAGACAUCAAAGGUGUUUAUGAAACUGUUGGGGUCUAACCUUGAAGAGCAAUGGAUGAGAUCCAUAAAUCUUGCAAUCACCAACUGGAUAUUGGAGCUCAAGGCCAACUGCUGCACCCUCAAAACACCCUCACCUUUGUUCUCUUAUUCAUAUUCAACACAUGGGUUAUGGAAAGUUCAACUCUAUUGCCCUGUCAUUGCAAUGGAUCAUAUCGAGAACUCAAGCAGUCCUUCAACUGAUGAAAGAUUGCAAUUCUCUCUAAAUUAUCACCAGCUAGAAGGGGUUCUGCAGUUCAAUUACAAGGCUGAGGUUCAUGAAAAGUGGAUAAAUUUGAGGGUUCACGUUGACAACAUAAGGUGCGGUGUCAUCCAACUCGUGAACGACACACUCAUGUCAAAACGUGGGGUCGGAAGAUCCGAGAAGCAUUUCCCAUCGAAAAUCUCACUACAAAUAACUCCAACUAUACAAACAAACAUAAUAAGCGUCUCAGUAAGUAAAUCAUCAGGCAACCCAAGAAUCGAAGUCGGAACUGAAAAAACCCUAGAAGCCGGAUUCGAAGGCCAAAACCCUUACCCAUGCAUAAAAUUAGCAGUCGGAGAAACCGCAACAGCUAGCUUGAGACCAUGGAAGUUCGAGCAAAUGGUGCAUGGCAAUACCGGAAUCCUGAACUGGUACCUUCACGACAGUUCGGACGGGAAAGAGGUGGCGUUGAGGAAACCGUCAAGAUUUGCACUGAUAAACCCUAGAGCUUGGUUUCGAGAUCGAUACACGAGCGCUUUCCGGCCAUUCAACAAACAGGGAGGAGUGAUAUUCGCCGGAGAUGAGUAUGGAGAUGGGAUUUGUUGGAAGAUUGAGAGAGAAGGGAGAGGGAAAACCAUGGAUUGGGAGAUUAGAGGUUGGAUUUGGUUAACGUAUUGGCCAAACAAACACAAGACGUUUUACACUGAAACAAGGAGGUUGGAGUUCAAGGAGAUUCUCCAUUUUUCAAUUCCUUGAGCUUUGAAGAAUAUCAAUGGAAAUGGAGGGAGAAUUGGCAAUGCAUGUUUUUAUUAAAAAUUUAAAAAGGAAAUUGCAUUAUAUCACCAAACAAAAUAAUAAUACCAUUUUCUUUCA